AUGGCGCUCUCACGGCUCAUUACUCUCUUCUUCUUUCUGUCUCUCGCUAUCUUCUCAUCAGCCGCCCCUUCAGCAUCAUCCUUAAUACCCUCACCACUUAAUAAACGUGGCGGCGACACGGUCAAGUUCGAGGUUACCUUGACAUGGGAAGACCAUUCGCCCAAUGGAGGAACACCACGCAAGAUGAUCUUUACCAAUGGCACAUUCCCCGGCCCGCCAUUGAAGUUGACGGUUGGCGACUCGGUCGAAUUCCUCGUCCAUAACGAACUUCCAGACCCGACCACAAUCCAUUUCCAUGGUAUUGUGCAACAGGGAACACCAUGGUCUGAUGGCGUCCCUGGCCUGACGCAAAAGGGCAUCGCUCCCGGCGAUUCCUAUCUAUACAAGUGGACGGCGGAUGCUGCUGGCGUUUACUUCUACCACUCACAUUACCGCUCGCAGAUCAUGGACGGCCUAUACGGUGCCAUCAUCAUCUCUCCUCCCUCCGAAUCGGACAAGCCUUUUUCGCUCAUCAGCAACGAUACCGCGGCCGUCGAGGCCAUGUCCGAAGCCGACGACAACCUCCAGACCAUCUUCAUCUCCGACUACAACAAAUACACGGCCGCAGAACUACAUGAGCAAGAACAGUCCGCCAACAUCGACUUUGCCUGUGCCGACUCGAUCCUGCUGAAUGGCAUGGGUUCGCAAUACUGCCUGUCACGCGGCGAAUUGACUGCCUACACCAACCCGAAAGUGUCUGCUCUCAUCGCUUCGGUCAGUCCAUCCCAGAUCACCGACAAGGGCUGCUUGCCCCCGAAUCUGCCAGCCACGCAGGGCAACUUCACAUUCGACAUCGACUCGAUCCCCUCGGACGCGUACUUUGACUGCACGCCUUCCAGCGGCCCCAUGGCCACAUUCGACGUGGAUCCAUCCCAAGGCUGGGCGGCCCUGACCUUCAUCAACCCUGGUGGGUUCGAAAUCCUCAAACUGACCAUCGACUCGCACAAGAUGUGGGUGUACGCCGUGGACGGCGGCUACGUCGUGCCCCAGCUCGUGGACCAAGUCACGGUCAACAACGGCGACCGGUAUUCGGUUCUGAUCGAGCUGAACCAGGCUCCAGCGCAGUAUUCGAUCCGGGUCUCCAACAGCGGGUUGAACCAAGUGAUCAGCGGCUUCGGCGUGCUCAACUACAAAGGCUCGUACGGCCCGGCCAGCGAAGACCCGAACGCCCUCGCCGGGAUGAACUUCGCGGGCGUCAACUUGACCACUCUGGUCCCUUUCAACGACAACAAAGCCGCGCCAUACCCGCCGUCGCCGCCAGCAGCCACGUCCGACGUGACAUACAAAUUCACCAUCAAGAAACUCGGCCAACCGUACGGCGCGUACGACUGGACGCUCAGCGGCAUCGACACGUUCAACGUGACCCUGGAAGACGUCGACCCUCUGCUCUACCAGAAUGCGAGCACCCUCGAAUCGACAGAUCUCGUCCUCAAAACCAACAUGGGCCAAUGGGUCGAUUUGAUCGUACAGACUCAAGGACCUCUGGCCCAACCUCAUCCUAUGCACAAACACUCCAACAAGGCCUACGUGCUGGGCAAAGGCACGGGAACUUUCAAUUGGAGCACCGUUGCCGAAGCAGCCGCUGUCCUGCCACCCAGUACUUUCAACUUUGUCAACCCUCCUUUCCGCGACGGGUAUACCACCACCCCCGCCGAACAGAACAGCACCUGGAUGGCUCUGCGCUACGAAGUCGUCAACCCGGGCGCCUUCCUCUUCCACUGCCACAUGCAGACCCAUAUGGCGGGCGGCAUGGCCGUUGCCCUGCUUGACGGGGUCGACGAAUGGCCCGAGAUCCCGACCGAAUACGCCAAUGGCGGCAAUGGGGUCAAAUACUCGAAACUGAAGAAGAAGGGGAAACUGCGUCCAACGGAGGAAUAA